UCGAUCGGAGGCUCGGUCCUGUGGAGACGGCGGCGGUGGCUGAGGCGGCCGGGCCGGGCUGACGCACCGGCGUAUUUGACAGAAAUAGCCCAGCGUCUCCGCGAUUUAAUAGGAGCCUCCCUCCACCCUCCCGAUCGACGAUUGUUUUACAUGAGGGGCAAAGAACGACGCCGGGAGGAGCCGAGGCGGAGAAGCAGUCGCAGCCCCCGAGGAUCGGCAGUGGGAAGAAAGGCAGGACCCCUGGGAACCGCUAUCGCCGCCACCAACGCUUCCCUCUUUUCCUCACCCUCCUCCUCCUCCACCUCCUCCACCAUCAUAAGAGCCAGCCUUGAUUCGGCCCUUCCCUGCGCUUUCGCCACUAAGUGAUCCUCGUGACCCUCCUCCCUUGAGAAACCGGCUCCCAUGGGGGAGAGAGGAGUCCGGCUCCCCGCCAGCGUCGUCCCCUCCCCGGCGGAGACUGCUCCCCUCCAGAGGCAGCCAGGAUUCAUCUGAAGGACACGUAAAUAUCGGAUCAUAAUAGAAGGCGAGCUUCAAAAAGCAGGAACCCACCCAGCCAGCCAGCAGCAGCAGCAGCAAGAAUCCACCCUUCGCCUGCUCAACUCAGUCUGUACACAUACACCCAGCACUCACUGAAUGCCAAUAUUUAGAGAUCAGAAAAAGGAACAAAUCCUCACACCCUCCCUCUCGAGAUAGAAAGGCCUUGUCAGAAGGGCAUCCACAUAAGUCAUAUUAUUCAUAGUCCUACAGGCAAAGGCAGUAGCAGCACAGGUUGUGGGGGAGGGAAGUUUCUCUUCUAGAAUUUGCUUCCCUAAAGAGAUCCUGAGCUAAAAUCUUUACAUUUUCCACAGCAAGGACUGUUAGAGUAGAACACAGAUAUAUAUUAGAUUAUAUAGAAUUUAUUAAAUGAUUCCAGAUUUAAAUAUAUUUUUGGAGCUGUGAAGGAGUGAGGAGUACCAGAUGUCAUGAUAUCUUUUUUUCAUUAAUGUGUACGUGAGCAGGUUGAGGCAGUUGGUAAGACGAGAAAGUUAAUAUAUAUUAUAUCUAUAUAUAUCUAUAUAUAUCUUUUUUUAAAAAUAUCCCUGGAACUUUCUUUCAUCCCCACUUCAUUCUUGUGUAUUUCCUUUUUAAAAAAGGAAAGCUCUUAUUUUGUUAACCAAAGAUUUACUUUCCAUUCCUUCUGGCUAUUAGAAGGAAGUGAACACAAAUUGACCCAUGUCAAUAUUUUAAGUGAUCUCACUUACAAGAAUCCAGGAAAAAAAAUCCAAAUCAGAUAUCUCAAGUGGGUAGGAAGAAAGUUUGUCAUAAAAAGAUAUUUUCUAUUCUGUUGCUUUAGUAGAAGAAAACCAUUUAAAGAUUUUUUUUUCUCUUUCCAGGAGGAAUUCAGAUUCUAAAAUAAAAUAAAUGGGGGAUUACGGGUUUGGCGUGUUAGUGCAGAACAACACCGGGAAUAAGUCAGCUUUUCCAGUCAGAUUUCAUCCACAUCUGCAGCCUCCACAUCACCAUCAAAAUGCAGCCCCCAAUCCUGCUGCUUUUAUAAAUAACACAGCUGCCAAUGGCAGUAGUGCUGGGUCAGCUUGGCUCUUUCCUGCUCCAGCUGCCCAUAAUAUUCAGGAUGAGAUUCUGGGGUCAGAAAAAUCGAAAAGUCAACAACAGGAAAAACAAGACUCCCUAGAAAAACAGCAGCUUUCCCCUAGUCAAAGUCAGGAAGCAGGCAUGCUGCCUGAUUCUGAGAAAGCUAAAUCUGAAGAAAGCCAAGGGGAUAAUUCUUCUGAAAAUAGCAAUGGGAAGGAAAAAAUAAGAAUAGAAUCACCAGUGUUAACAGGAUUUGAUUAUCAAGAGGCUACCGGGCUAGGUACUUCAAGCCAGCCCCUGACAUCUACUGCAUCUUCUCUGACUGGUUUCAGUAACUGGUCAGCAGCAGCUAUAGCUCCUUCGUCUUCAACAAUAAUAAAUGAAGAUGCGAGUUUCUUCCACCAGGGAGGGGUACCUCCUGCUUCAGCAAAUAAUGGUGCUCUGCUGUUUCAGAAUUUUCCACAUCAUGUCAGUCCUGGUUUUGGGGGUAGUUUUUCCCCUCAGAUUGGACCCCUCUCUCAGCACCACCCUCAUCACCCCCAUUUUCAACAUCAUCACAAUCAGCAUCAACAACAGAGGAGGUCUCCUGCAAGCCCUCAUCCACCUCCAUUUACACAUAGAAAUGCUGCUUUUAAUCAACUGCCUCAUCUUGCUAAUAAUCUUAACAAACCACCCUCUCCAUGGAGCAGCUACCAAAGCCCAUCACCUACACCAUCUUCCUCAUGGAGUCCUGGUGGUGGAUGUGGUGGGUGGGGUGGGUCCCAAGGGCGAGAUCACCGCAGGGGACUGAAUGGAGGAAUAACACCCCUGAAUUCCAUCUCACCCCUGAAGAAGAAUUUUCCAAAUAAUCAUAUCCAGUUGCAGAAGUAUGCACGACCCAGUUCCGUUUUUGCUCCAAAAUCUUGGAUGGAAGACAGUUUGAACAGAGCUGACAAUAUCUUUCCCUUUCAGGAUCGUACAAGAACUUUUGACAUGCAUUCACUGGAGAAUUCAUUAAUCGAUAUAAUGAGAGCUGAAAGUGAUUCUCUGAAAGGUCAGUCCUCCCUGUUCCCGAUGGAAGAUGGGUUUCUGGAUGAUGGACGUGGGGAUCAGACUCUCCAUAGUGGCUUAGGAUCACCACACUGCUUCUCUCACCAGAAUGGCGAGCGAGUUGAACGGUACUCUCGCAAGGUGUUUGUGGGUGGCCUGCCACCUGAUAUCGAUGAAGAUGAGAUCACAGCCAGCUUUCGUCGUUUUGGCCCAUUGAUUGUAGAUUGGCCUCAUAAAGCUGAAAGCAAAUCAUAUUUUCCUCCUAAAGGAUAUGCCUUUUUGUUGUUCCAAGAUGAAAGUUCUGUACAGGCUUUGAUUGAUGCAUGCAUUGAAGAGGAUGGAAAACUCUACCUGUGUGUUUCCAGCCCCACGAUUAAAGAUAAACCAGUUCAGAUCCGACCUUGGAAUCUUAGUGACAGUGAUUUUGUGAUGGAUGGCUCACAACCUCUGGAUCCACGGAAAACCAUUUUUGUAGGCGGAGUUCCACGACCCUUACGAGCAGUGGAGCUUGCAAUGAUAAUGGAUCGGCUGUAUGGAGGAGUUUGCUAUGCUGGAAUUGAUACUGACCCUGAACUGAAGUACCCAAAAGGAGCUGGGCGUGUUGCAUUUUCCAAUCAACAGAGUUAUAUAGCUGCUAUCAGUGCCCGCUUUGUUCAGCUGCAACAUGGAGAGAUAGAUAAACGGGUGGAAGUUAAGCCAUAUGUCUUGGAUGAUCAGCUGUGUGAUGAAUGUCAGGGGGCCCGUUGUGGUGGAAAGUUUGCUCCAUUUUUCUGUGCUAAUGUGACCUGUCUGCAGUAUUACUGUGAAUAUUGCUGGGCUGCUAUCCAUUCACGCGCUGGCAGGGAAUUCCACAAGCCCCUGGUGAAAGAGGGAGGAGAUCGCCCAAGACAUAUUUCAUUCCGCUGGAACUAAGUGAUUACUGCAGUGUGUUCAUAUGCAGGCCCUCAAAAUAAGUGCACUCUUCUGUUCUCCUGAUUCCUUUGCCCUCCCUUCCUAUUCCCUCUUACUCAAGAUAGCAUGUCCUGCUGUUGUAGUCUGUAACUUAAAAAUAGUGUAACAAAAGAAUGGCCUAUAAUCCUAUAGGUAUUUUGUAGGAUCUUGUCAUUAAACUUUAUGGGGAAACUCCUUUUCCUAUGGAUAACACAGUGCAUGGAAGCCAGGUUCUCUUACCUUCCUGGUUCCCCAGAGGACACUGCUUUCCUGCUAUCUUUUCUUGAAGGAAGGAAGAAAGAACAAUAUUAAGAGAAAUGAAACAAUAGAGUGUUUUGUUUUUUAAUUAAAUUAUUGCUAAUAACAAAAUCAAUAGACUACUUUUAUUAAAGUAACCAUGAGAUAGGAACACUAUGAAUCUUAUCUGACACUUUGUCCAACCGACCCGCCCUUUCCUUCUCCUUGCCCCCUUCCCUAGCCAAGCCUCUGGGAAGCCUGUUUUCUUGCCAUGAUUUUAUAGCAAUGGAAACAGUUAGCUGUCAAAUUAGUAACAGAAAAGAGCAUGUUUAAAGCAACAAAAAUGCAUGAGCAAGGUUUAAAGCAGCAUUACGUUUCUUUUUCUUUUUUGUUUGAUGUAAGGGUUCUGAAGCUAAAUCUUUAGCACAGUAUUGUGUCUCACCGUGCCUCCAACUUCCCACCACAUUCAAAUUUUUACUAAUUGAGUAGGCAGAGCUUAGAUCUGUGUUCUUCAUCCAAGCAAUCACAUUUUUAAAGUUCCCGAAUGUAAAUCCUGGGUCAGUUUAUAACUGGGGGGUGGGUGGGGAGUGCACUUAUUCUUUAUUAUUGUGGUUGUUGUUGUUUUGAAAGAAACUUCAUUAUCAGAAUACAGCCCUACAAAUCCUACCAAAGCUAAAGUAAUGACAACUAGUGAACUGGCAUGUCCUCUCCUGAAGAACAAAUGUAUAGAUUUUAUUUUUGAUGGCUAUAUAGAACUCUAUAUCCUAAUUUACUAAUGUAAAUCAGAGGCCAGCCUUUGCUCUCCAUUUUGACAUGAAAUACAAGAACCUAAAGAUAUACCUCAAGAGUACAUUUUAAUUCCCCCCUCCCCUUCCCUCCCAUCCCCAUUCUAUUAAUCCACCCUUCCAGUACAUAUCAAAUUUUGUCUGCUUCUUGAGCUUACUCUGGGAUGUGAAACCAGUUCUAACUUCCUAACAAAGCUGUAACCUAGCAAUUUAUAAGAGGGCAAAGUAAAGUUUGUUUCCAGGGAUGUUUUGCAUUGUUGGCUGAAUGAAUAGGCCUGCAUGUCUGCAAAGGAUAUGCUUGUCUUUCAACAGAGAGCAUGUGAGUAAAGGAAUCCUGACAAAAAUUUUGUUUGGGACUUAGCAUAGAACAUAAACCGUCGUAGGACUCCAACUUGCUGAGUAAUGCAUGAAGUGUUAUAAACAUGUAAGUGGGGAACACAGCAUAUGUUAAAGCUAAGGCACAGGGUGGUGUUGAUUAGAUUGAAAUACCCUUGAUGCUUUGUAAAUCUUGAGAAAAUCGAUAGGAGGGAAUGUAUCCAUCUCUUAACCACAGUAACGGGGUUGUAGCAGUGUGUAGAAAAAGCCAGUUGGAAUCUGAAACUGGCAUGAUACCAACAUAGGCUCUUAAACCAAAGACUUGCUUAAGCACAGCUACAGAGAAAAGGCAUCCCUUUUGUAAGCUCACUUCCUCCCCAUCCCUUUCCUCCAUUGCCAGUUACCUAUCAGAGGCAGUUUGGUUUUCAGUACAUGAUACAUACCCUUGUUAUUUUCCAAAGGUCAAAAUGGAGACAUUUGCUGUCUACUUGUCAAGUAGAGAAAGGGAGCUCCUUUUAAUGAAUCCCUGCAAAUAUUGACAACAGGAAACGCAAAUGGAGAGUGCUCUUUUGUAGACUGUCAGGGACCUUUUUCUCUGAAGUACAUAAUUAUAGUUGGAAUAUUCCUUUUAAUUUUUUUAAAAAAUGCUUGUAGGUGGCUUGGGGUGUCUUAUUGUGCCGAUCCUAUCCAGUGAACAGGUGAGAUGGGUUACCAUUACAAGAAAUAACACUGUUUGAGAAGUAGCUUUGAAUAAUAAUUUUUUCCCUUUGUACAUGACCUGCUGAAUUUCGGUACAGUGUUUUUGUAGCUAACUUAUUUUGUCAUGCACAUAAUGUAUAUUUGUUAUGCACUACUUUUGUAUAUCUUGUUUUUCCAACAGUGAGCAUUUUUAGGCACACUUUUCACUGACGGGAUAUCUCUUUAUGCAAUACCUCAAUUUUUCAUAUUGCAAAGAGUAGCUUUUUGUACUUUUAUUACUGAGAGAUCUUCAUAUACUUCAUUUUUUAAUAUAAAUAAUUUUAAUAAAUUUUAUUUUCUUAUAUUCUGCUUUUUAUACAUUUCAGUGCUCUGCAUACAUUUUGAAUUAUGGAUGUUGUGCACUGGCAAUGCUAUUUUAGAAUUUGCAGAGAAAAGAAAGCAUGUUGCUUAAACAUCUUUAGCCCAGCACCAGGUAUUUGGUGUACAUAUAAUUUAAGAAAUACUUAUAUGUAAAGUUGAGACUUAAAAAAAAGAAAUUUUUAAAAAAGCAUGAAAGUGACAAAUGAGAAUUUGUCUUUAGACUCUUGAAAUUUAAUGCAUAAACAUAGAGUAGAAGUUUAACAGUAACAUCCCAAAUUGUCUACUGCUUCUUAAUAGAUUUUUAAAAAUAAUACACAAAUGCAGAUGUUUUUUGGUGAAUGUUUAGCCAUUUUUAAUCUUAACAAAUUGAUGUUAGGUGUUUGCAGAGAUGUGUCUGCGCUUUUAAAU